ACUUACAUGCAGGAACUUCCUCUAUUACGAAAACCGCCAUUAUUCUAACACCAGCAUAAAAGCGAAUACUCACUUAAAAAAAACUUUACCCAGAUAUAUUUUUUUAUGUCGCUACCGCCUGCACCAGGAAAACAACACCAAGCGGACAGCGUGCACUUUUUCUGCUUCUGGAUAAAAACACAUCACCAUGGAGUUUAACAAGACCAUACUCACCGAACGGGACGACGGCGAUGCCAAGCUGUUGGAACCCGGGCGGUGGGCGACGUUUCACUGCAGGCAGUGCAAUACGGUGCUGGGAGACUCCCUGUCUGUGUGCGGGGAGCUCAAAUGUUUGGACUCCAUCAUAUUAUGCGGCGUCACCGAUAACGUGGAAGUGAGUAGUGAAAUGGAAUGUGGAAAUAAAGGAGAACUGGCUAACUGCAUUUUCAGCUCCUUGAUGUGCAGCGAGUGCGGCUGCACAGUGGGGAAAGUGGUGCACGCAGCGCCGCAACAUCUAGCCGCGGCCCGCUCCCUCUUCCUCCUCCAGAAGAUGCUAGUGGCAUGUUACGUGCUGGACACCUGCUCCAUGAUGAAAGCGUCCGCCUUGUCUUUUGAGAUGAAGCCGCUCAUGGAAAGCGUCAAUGAGGUGGGGAGGAAGUUCGAACUGUACUUUGAUGACAUGAAAAGCCGCCUGGCGGAAGUAAGGAAGAUCAGAAGCAAGGUGGACAAGUGAUGCCCGUGUUUAUUGUUGUUUUUGUUACCGUUUAUGUCUUUAUGACGAUGUGUCAUGUAUGACGGCCCGUUACCUUUUCUCAUUAAAACAGCCCUUUGCUUGCAACAAAUA